AUGCGGAGCGGGAUGGGGGCCGGGGUGCGGGCUCUCGCCGUGCUGCUGUGGGCGCUGCGGGCCGGUGGCACCGAGCUGACCUUCGAGCUGCCCGACAAUGCCAGGCAGUGUUUCCACCAGCAGCUGGAGCGCGGCACCAAGUUCACGCUGGAUUACCAGGUGAUCACCGGGGGACACUACGACGUGGACUGCUCGGUGGAGGACCCUAAUGGCAGGACCCUCUACAAAGAGGCCAAGAAGCAGUACGACAGCUUCCCGCACCGCGCCGAGCUGGAGGGCGUCUACACCUUCUGCUUCAGCAACGAGUUCUCCACCUUCUCGCACAAAACCAUCUACUUUGACUUCCAGGUGGGCGAGGAGCCGCCCAUCCUGCCCGCCAUGAGCAACCGCGUCACUGCCCUCACACAGAUGGAGUCUGCCUGUGUCACCAUCCACGAGGCUCUGAACGCGGUGAUCGACUCCCAGACCCACUACCGGCUGCGGGAGGCGCAGGACCGGAGCCGCGCUGAAGACCUCAACAGCCGCGUCUCCUACUGGUCUGUGGGGGAAACCUUCAUCCUCUUCGUGGUCAGCAUCGGGCAAGUGGUGCUGCUCAAGAGCUUCUUCACAGAGAAGAGACCUGGCAGCAGUAGGGCUGGCACCUAGAGCAGCUCGGUGCCCGGACU